CACCUGGAGCGGGGCGGCGGCGGCGCCAUGGCGGGAGCGGAGCGGGGACGGCACCGGGAGCGGCCCCGGGGGCGGCCCCGGGAGCACCGGGGACACCAUUGGGGACCGCCCGGGGCGGGGCUGCGGCUGCUGCUGCUGCUCGGGGGGCUCGCCGCGCUGGCCGCAGCCCAGGUGACCUCGGAGGACCAGGAAGUGCCGGAGCACAAACCCGUGGAGCUGCGCUGCGCCGCGUUCCGCUCCAGCUCGGGCAGCGCCCGCAUCGAGUGGAAAUUCCAGAAGGGCUCAUCCCUGACACUGAUCUACUACGGGGGGGAGCUCACAGAGUCGUACCGGGACCGUGUCCAGUUCUCGCCCACGUCCAUCCGCUUCGGCUCGGUGACACGGGAGGACAGCGGCAAGUACAUCUGCGAGGUGGUGGGGGAUGGCAGCCACAUCGCCAAGUCCGAGGUCAACCUCAUCGUGCAGGUGCCCCCGGGGAAGCCGCUGGCACACGUGCCCAGCUCUGCCACGGUGGGUGCCCGCGCUGUCCUGCGCUGCUCCGAGGCUCAGGGCUCGCCCCCUCCCACCUUCCGCUGGUACAAGGACGGCACCGAGCUGCCCCAGGACCCCAAAUCCAGCCCCGCCUUCCGCAACUCCUCCUACAGCCUGGACCCGCGCACGGGGGAGCUGGUGUUUGAGCCCGUGGGGGGCUGGGACACGGGCGAUUAUCACUGCGAGGCCUCCAACAACGUGGGCAGCCCCCAGAAAUCCGACGUCUUCCGCAUGGAGGCCAGCGAGGUGAACGUGGGCGGCAUCGUGGCCGCCGUGGUGCUGCUGCUCCUGUUCCUGGGGCUCGCUGCCUUCGGCGUCUGGUUCGCCUACAGGCGCGGCUACUUCAGCAGGAAGAAGGUGAUUUACAGCCAGCCCUCGCGGCGCAGCGAGAGCGAGUUCAAGCAAACCUCCUCGUUCCUGGUGUGACGUCGUCCCCGCCGCCCCCGGACGCUUUUUCCCAAUUCCCGGAAUUCCGCGGGAUUUGGAGAAUUCCGCGAGAUUUUAGGAGAUCCACGGGAUUUGGGGAAUUUCCUGUGGGAUUUUGGGAAUUUCCUGUGGGAUUUGAGAAUUCCCGCGGGAUUUUUGGGAAUUCCUGCAGGAUUUUCAGAAUUCUGUGGGGUUUUAGGAGAUCCAUGGGAUUUUGGGAAUUCCCGCGGGAUUUUCGGAAUUCUGCAGGAUUUGGGGAAUUUCCUGUGGGAUUUGGGAAUUUCUGUAGGGUUUUUGGGAAUUCCUGCAGGAUUUUCGGAAUUUCCCCCUGGGAUUUUUGGGAGUUCUGUGGGAUUUUAUGAAUUCCAUGGAAUUUUGGGAAUCUCGUGGAAUUUUUAGAGAAUUCCCGCAGGAUUUUUUAGAGAAUUCCCGCAGGAUUUUUGGGAAUUCCUGUAGGAUUUUGGGAAUUCCCGCGGGAUUUUCGCCGCGGUUUUUUUAAAGCCUCUCCGGUGCCUUCGCCGCCGCUGCCUCUGGAACUUGGGGGGGUCCCUGUGCCCCCUCUUUGUGUCCCCUCUUUGUGUCCCCCAUUGUCCCCUCCCAUUCUCCCCUUGUCCCCCUUUUUGUCCCCCCCAUUGUCCCCUCCCCUCGUUCCCUCUUGUUGUCCCCCCCCAUUGUCCCUCCCUGUCCCCUCUCUGUCCCCGGGGGGCUCUGGGGGGGGACAGGGCUGGUGCCACCACCUGGGGACAGCACCAGUGUCCCACUGGUCCCAGUGACCCCCCUGAACUGGGAGCGUGGGGGGGGUACUGGGAAUAAACCUGUGUCCUUUA